AUGGCCAUCGCCUCCGCCCUACGCCGCGCUCCAAGGGCGGCGGCCCUUCUCGCCGCCUUGGGCAGCCGAGCUGGCGGGCGCGUCCUUCCUCUCCACCAUCGCGCGGCGCACGUCUCCCCUUUCUCCUCCCUCCCCGCUCCGCAGCCGAGCGCCGCCGACGCCCAGCUCCUCCGGGUCAUAAACUUCGAGAUCUCCUCCGCCCAGAGCGAGUGCAGGAAGCCUAACUGGGCAAAGAUACUAGGGGAAGACUUCCCCUUCGAGAUCAAAGACAAGGAGGGCACCAACAGGAUAACGCUCACGAGGACCUGUAAGAGCGAGCAGAUCGAAGUGGAGGUGCUCUUGCCCAGCCCUGUUGAAGAGGACCAAGCUGAAGACGGCGAAAAACAGAGCCAGAGCCACGCCAGUAGUGAUGUUGUGUCUAGUCAGUACUACUGUAUCCCACUCGUGGUGAGAAUUCACAAAGGGGCAGCUGCUUCGUGCUUGGAGAUCAGCUGCCGUUCUUACCCUACGGAGCUCGUCAUCGAGAGCCUGGAGUUCCGAUCCAGCGGUGCAUCUGGUGGUUCGUUGAGUGGUGGAACUGCUUUCAGUAACCUUCCUGAGGAGAUUCAGAAGGCUUUGCAUCCCUACUUGGGAAUUAGGGGCAUCUCGCAGCACUUUACCGAUUUCUUGCACGCGUACAUGAUAAACAAAGAGUGCCAUGAGUACUUGUCUUGGCUCAGGAAACUCAAAGGUCUGAUCAAACGUUGA